AUGAAGCUCGACUGGAGCAAAGUCAGCUCCCAACUCGGCCUCCGCGGCAGCACGGCGACGGCGCUUGCGAACUUCAAGAAGCGAAACGACGACGCCCGCCGCCGGGUGCAGGUUCUCUCCGAGCAGCCGACGACGGUCGACUUCGGCCACUACCGCUCGGUGCUGAAGAACACGGCUGUCAUCGACGAGAUCGAGCAAUACUUCAAGACGUUCCAGCCUAAGACGUACGACGUGAGCAAGCAGCUCAAGGCCAUCGAGAGCUUCGAGCAGAUCGCCCUCAAGAAUGCCGAGGAGACGAAGUCCAAGGUCGAGGUCGAGCUGAGGAGCUUGGAGAAGGCUUUGAACGACAUCGAGGGUGCCCGUCCAUGGGAUCAGACCACCGUCGACGAGGUCGCUGCCGCGGCACCCGAAAUCGACGAGUACACCGCCAACUUGGUCAAGAAGGGCCGAUGGAUGCCUCCUGGGUACUUGGAGAAAUUCCCCAACCUGUCUGUUCUGUAG